UGAUGAACUUUGCACGAGUUGUGUUAUUCAGUAAUCACUAAUCAGUAAUCUCUGUGUGUUGUGAUGUGCAGAUGGUGAAACAUGGUUAAAUGCAAAGAAGUUCCUAUAUAUACGGACGUUACUCCUGAAUUAUUUAUUAAUUCCAUAUGGAACCGACGUGAACCGGCAUUAUUACGUGGAAUUGACAUCGGUGAAUGUACCGCUAAAUGGACUACUGAAUAUUUAUCGGAAAAAAUUGGUCCGCUCGAUGUAAAAGUUCAUGUCAGCCAACAUGAAAAGUUGGAUUUCAUAAAUAAAAACUUCAUAUACAAAACAUUACCUUUCAAUGAACUUUUAGAAAGAGUGUCAGGUACAAGUAAGGCUUUCUUUCUGAGUCCGAACGAGUAUUAUUAUUUGAGAUCUCUUGGACUUGAUCCUAGAGGCCGUGAAAUUGCCGAUAUUCGAAAGCAGUUUCCAUUUAUUGCUGCUGAUCUAAAAAUUCCGCAUUUCUUUAAAGAUGAGGCAUUCUUUUCCAGUGUACUUCGGAUUGGUUCAAAAAAUGUUCAGUUGUGGACACAUUAUGAUGUCAUGGAUAAUAUCCUUAUACAAGUUCGUGGCCGGAAAAGAAUUGCCUUGUUUAAACCAUCAGAAGCCUUAGGCAUGUACUUGGUGGGUGAUAAAUCGCGAGUAUUGGAUAUUGACAAUCCUGACGCCUCAGAGUUCCCAAAGUUUUCCAGUGUUCUUAGACACGAAUGUAUUAUGGAAUCAGGAGAUAUUAUUUUUAUUCCAGCACUUUGGUUUCACAAUACAUUAGCAUUAGACAAUGGGAUUGCAGUAAAUGUGUUCUGGAAACAUUUGCCAGAAGAACUGUAUGAUAAGAAAGAUGUAUAUGGAAAUAAAGACCCCAUUCCUGCAGCAAGGGCUAUACAGAUGACUGAGAAUGCCACAAAAUUAUUGGAAACAUUGCCUGGUGAAUAUAGGGAUUUCUACUGCAGGAGAAUGAUAGCCAUUCUUGAGAACAAACUAUGCGGACAGGAAGACAUAAUAUAGACUUGAUGUCACUCCAGUGACACCGUGAGUGUGACGAUUAGUCAGUCUUGAGGACAAAUUUAUAAACAUAGUAAAUUGAGAAAAUAAAACUGAUGAAGUCCUACCAUAAA